AUGACAACCAUGAAUCAGAUUUUCAGCGCCUACGCUGCACGAAAAGCCACUCUCGAAGCGAGCAGAAACCCAUUCGCCAAGGGCAUCGCCUGGGUAGAAGGAAAACUAAUUCCCUUCUCGGAAGCGCGAAUUCCUCUGAGAGACCAAGGGUUUCUGCACGGCGACCUGACGUACGAUGUGCCCUCUAUCUGGGACGGCCGGUUCUUCCGCCUCGACGAUCACCUCGACCGGCUAGAAGCGAGUUGCGGGAAAUUGCGAAUGCAGCUGCCGAAGUCUAGAAGAGAAGUGAAACGUAUCCUUGAAGGGAUGGCCACCAAGAGUGAAAUCAAAGACGCCUUUGUCGAGUUGAUUGUCACCCGGGGAUCUGUCGGUGUCCGUGAUUCCAAGGCCGCGGAUCUUCAGCAGCAGAACCUGUACAUAUUCAUCCUCCCGUACGUGUGGGUGAUGCAGCCGGAAAUGCAGCCUGGCGGUGGCCGCGCUAUCAUCACUCGCACUGUUCGCCGGACGCCCGUUGGCUCGAUGGACCCGACCGUCAAGAAUCUGCAAUGGGGCGAUCUGACGCGUGGGUUGUUUGAGGCCUCAGAUCGCGGUGCAGACUAUCCGUUUUUGACUGAUGGCGACGGAUUCUUGACCGAAGGCUCUGGGUUCAAUAUCGUGAUUGUCAAGGAUGGUGCCAUCUACACUCCUCAGCGCGGCGUUCUGGAGGGUGUGACUCGGAAGAGCGUCUUCGACGCCGCGCGCGCGAAUGGCAUCCCGGUUCAUCUCGAGUUUGUUCCCGUGGAAUCGGUCUAUCACUGCGAUGAGAUAUUUAUGUGCACAACGGCCGGUGGAAUCUUGCCUAUCACCUCGCUGGAUGGACACCCCGUGAAUGACGGAAAGGUUGGCCCUAUCACCAAGCGCAUCUGGGAUUACUACUGGGCUAUGCACUACGACCCAGCGUAUAGUUAUGCUCUCAGCUAUGGCAAGUCUAACCGAGCUGAGAAGCUAUAG